AGUGAUAUUUGCAACGGUGUUUUCUCCCUUCUCUGUUUAAUCAUUAUUAACGUUCUCCGUUUCCGUUUUACAACCCUGACGAUGGGCUUCAUGGUCUCUAGUCAUGCCCAUGGCGGCUCUGCCAUUUUCGGCAACUCGUCGCUAGACUCCGCCGUCCGGCGUUUCGGUGAUGAUCGCGUGACCUCUACCGUUCCCUCAUCCUCUUGA